CGCCCUCUGCAGGCCGCCGCGGCCGCCCCCGGUGACCCCGCCGUCCCCGAGCCUUCCCCGGCCUCCGCGGCCCCGAGUGCCGCCGGCUCCCGCGAGCACGGCCAAUAGCCUUCCCUCCUCUCGUUCGUAGCUCCCCGCCCUCGCCCAAGUACCGCGAGACCCGGCGGCGAUGAUGGCGGCGGCGAUGGCGGCGGCGCGUGGAGUCGCCGCGGCGGGAGCGCCCGCGGAGGCCGCCCAGCUCCCCGCCUCGGGGCCGGUUCCCGGGCGGCCGCGGAGCCUGCGGACGGCGCACGACGUCAGCGGCCCGCGGCCUCGCACCGGGGACGUGCUGCUGGCGGAGCCGGCCGACUUCGAGUCGCUGCUGCUGUCGCGGCCGGUGCUGCGGGGGCUGCGGGCGGCCGGCUUCGAGCGGCCCUCGCCGGUGCAGCUCAAGGCCAUCCCGCUGGGGCGCUGCGGGCUCGAUUUAAUUGUUCAAGCUAAGUCUGGCACUGGGAAAACCUGUGUGUUCUCUACCAUCGCUUUGGACUCUCUUGUUCUCGAAAACCAAAGUACCCAGAUUUUGAUCUUGGCUCCUACAAGAGAAAUUGCUGUACAGAUACAUUCUGUUAUUACUGCUAUUGGAAUAAAAAUGGAAGGCUUAGAGUGUCAUGUCUUUAUUGGAGGGACUCCAUUAUCACAAGACAAAACCAGGCUUAAAAAGUGUCAUAUUGCUGUUGGCUCUCCUGGCAGAAUUAAACAACUGAUAGAACUUGACUACUUGAACCCAGGCAGUAUACGUCUCUUUAUUCUUGAUGAAGCAGAUAAGCUUUUAGAAGAAGGCAGCUUCCAGGAGCAAAUAAACUGGAUUUAUUCUUCCUUGCCUGCUAGUAAACAGAUGUUGGCAGUAUCAGCUACCUACCCUGAAUUUUUGGCUAAUGCUUUGACAAAGUACAUGAGAGAUCCCACUUUUGUAAGACUAAAUUCCAGUGACCCGAGUCUCAUAGGUUUGAAGCAGUAUUACAAAAUUGUCAAUUCAUACCCUUUGGCCCAUAAGAUUUUUGAGGAAAAGGCUCAGCAUUUACAGGAACUAUUCAGCAGAAUUCCAUUUAAUCAAGCCUUAGUCUUUUCUAAUUUGCACAGCAGAGCACAACACUUGGCAGAUAUCCUUUCUGCUAAAGGCUUUCCUGCUGAGUGCAUUUCAGGCAACAUGAAUCAGAAUCAGCGUCUUGAUGCUAUGGCCAAACUGAAACAUUUUCAUUGCAGAGUCCUCAUUUCCACCGAUUUGACUUCCCGUGGAAUUGAUGCUGAGAAGGUGAACCUGGUAGUAAAUCUGGAUGUACCAUUGGAUUGGGAGACAUACAUGCAUCGGAUUGGCAGAGCUGGUCGUUUUGGUACUUUGGGGUUGACAGUGACCUACUGUUGUCGGGGAGAAGAAGAAAACGUGAUGAUGAAAAUUGCCCAGAAAUGUAACAUCAAUCUUCUGCCUUUACCAGAUCCCAUUCUUCCUGGUCUAAUGGAGGAAUGUUUGGAUUGGGACGUGGAGGUUAAAGCUGCUAUGCAUACAUAUGGCUUAGCAAGUGUACCUACCCAGCCCUUAAAAAAGCAGAUUCAAAAAAUGGAGAGAACCUUUCAAACUCAGAAAGCUCAUGGUAACCACGUGGCUUCAUCUAGAAAUACUUCUGUGUCUGCAUUAUUAGUCAAAUCAAAAAAUAAUACCAAACAAAAGCUUCCUGCAAAAAGCCACUCAGAGUGUGGAAUCAUAGAAAAAGCAGUGUCUCCAAAAGAGUGGGGCUGUGGCAUACAGUUGGAAGAGCAAGUGAAGAAUUCUGUUCAGAUCCCUGCUGAGAGCUCUGCCAGUCAGCACCAGGUCAAAGAAGUGUUACCUGUGUCACUCCCCAAAAUUCCUUGUCUGUCUUCCUUUAAAAUCCAUCUGCCAUACUCUUUGACUUUUAUAGAAUUGGUAGAGGAUUAUGAACAUUAUAUUAAUGAGGGGUUAGAGAAACCUGUGGAAAUCAUCAGGCAUUACACAGGUCCUGGGGAUCAGACUGUGAAUCCUCAGAAUGGUUUGGUAAGCAGUAAAGUUCCUGAGGAGAAAGUGCUGAUGCUGGCAAGCAGUAGCCAGUCUGGAGACUCUGAGAGUGACAGUGAUUCUUACAGCUCGAGGACUUCCUCCCAGAGCAAAGGAAAUAAGUCCUACUUUGAAGGCUCUUCAGAUACUCAGCUGAAAGACUCAGAGUCCACGCCUAUGGAUGGCCAUACAUCUUUGGAACAACCUCUGAAUGGAAACGACACCCCUAAUCCUGCAGAGUGUCAAGAAUCACCUGAAACCCAAACGAAGGCAAGGCAUAAAGAGGGGGCUAACCAGAGAGCUAAGCAGAGCCGGAGAAACCCCCCGUGGUCUUCCUAUCAAGCGCAGGCUGAGCCCCAGGAAGAUGGUUGGUAUGACUGCUGUGGGGAGACGCAUCCAGGUUUUUCUGACGCCUAUCAGGAUUAUGAGGAAUACUGGAGGGCUUACUACAGGGCGUGGCAGGACUAUUACACUGCUGCCUCUCAGUCGUAUUACUGGAAUGCUCAGAGGCAUCCAGGCUGGAUGGCGGCUUAUCACAUGAAUACAGUUUAUCUACAAGAAAUGAUGCGCGGCAACCAUUGAUUACAGGCAGGACCUCAGACCAUCCACAUACACCAGUGAGCGAUUCCUUUAGUUAGCCAACCCCCUUGUCCUAGAGUAGAGUGGCAUUUUUGAGGAAUUUGAAGUCUUGAGGCUUCCUGCUGGGACACAUCUAUUUUUCAGAUUGUCUUGACCUACCUGACCAGGUAUAUUUUCUUCUUUUUUUUUUUUUUUUUCUUAAAUUUUUCACGGAUCAAAUUCUUGAAAAAAAAUUUGGGGGACGUAGAGCUAAAGGUUCCAGGAUGCCGUUUUCUGUAAGCCAUUUGAAAAAGAAACAUUUAAAAAGACUUUAUACCACUGCUUACUUGAAAAAAUAAAGAAACAGCUGAGAUAUAAAAAAAUAAUGCUAGUUUAUGCUGUGGAGUUCUUGACAAAAGGCUUGAACUGUACUUCGUAUUUCCAUAGAGGUAUGUUCUUUUAGAAAUUUGUAGCAUGGUAGCUCAGAAAAUCCCUUCGCCUUUUAUGUUUCGUCGGGAAGGAAUAAAUACUGCUUCAGACGUUUCCCAAAGGUACUUGCUUUCAUGUUCUUUGCUUCCAUUAAAAAAUAUUUGUUACCAGUAAAAAUGCAAAAUGUUUAUUGUUGAUCAUUUGAAUAUCUUGUUUUUAAGAUUGUGAAAGCUGUCUGUUUUUUUACUGUAUAUUAAAUAGCUCCGGAGCAUCA